AUGUGCAACCUCAAGCUGCAAACAAUCGGAGACUAUGACUCUGCCGAUGCUUUCUUCAUGGAUAGAAACCCUAUCCAUCCACCACUUCCUGCAAGGAAUGACUAUGAGAUCAAGCCUCAGAUCAUAGCAUUGCUGACUACCUUGAAGUGCAAGCUCUUUUCAUUCUCUCUUGGCGACAAAGCUUCAAGAUGGUUGAAGUCUCUGCCAGCUCACUCCAUUACCACUUGGGAUGAGUACAAGGCCGCUUUCAUCAACCACUUCUACACCAAGCAAAGAUCAGUUUCUGUAAGGAACAAGAUCUCCAACUUUCGCCAAGCCAACAAUGAAUCUUUCUAUGAGGCGCUAGACCGAUUCAAGGAGUACAUUAGGGACUGCCCUAAUCAUGGUUUCAAUGAGGGAAACCUAUGGAACAUCUUCUAUCGUGGCAUAGACCACAAGUACAAGCUUUCAUUGGAUACUGCAAGCAAUGGAAACUUCAUGACCAAGACUUGA